GCUCCGCCCCGGGGCGGCGCAGCGCAGGCCCCGGCCCGGCUCCAUAAGGCCGCGGGGCCGCCGGCCGGACCCAGCGCCCCACGGGAGGGGCGAUGUGGGCAGGGGGUGUCAUGGCCCGGGCCUGGAGCUGCCUCUGUCGCCUCCUCAUCUUCCUCAUCUUCCUCAUCUUCCUCCUGCCGCCGCCGGCCGCGCCCGGGCAGCCCGCGGGUUUCCAGGAGAUUUCCCUGCUCACUUCCUACGAAGUUGUAACUCCACAGAGAUUGGGAAGAGAACGACGAGAGGCUUCCAACAGCUCCUCCAUACAGGACAAGGUGUCAUAUGCUAUUGAGAUUGAGGGAAAAGAAUACACCAUUCAUCUAGAAAAGAACAAAGAACUGCUGCCCAAAGAUUUCACAGUUUAUACCUAUGACAAGGAGGGAAAGUUGCAACUGGAAUAUCCAGAUGUCCAGGAUCACUGCCAUUAUCAGGGGUUCGUGGAGGGCACCCUGGAUUCCCUGGUGGCUGUCAGCACCUGCUCGGGGCUCAGGGGUUUGGUGACAAUAGGAAAUGUCACCUAUGGCAUUGAGCCCAUGGAUCCCUCUUCUGGCUCUAAACACAUUCUGUAUCGACUGGAUAAUGUGAAGAAAGAGCCCACAGCGUGUGGAGUAACCACUGGAGGCCAGGAAGGGGAACAUGCAGAGGGAGAUCUCCAUCCCAGUAUGACCCAGCUGCUGCGGAGAAAGAGGGCGGUCCUGCACCAGACAAGAUACGUGGAGCUGUUCAUAGUUGUGGAUAAAGAAAAGUUUGAAGAUUUUGGGAAGAGUGAAACAGAAGUAAGAGAACAUAUGGUGCAGCUGGCAAACUUCCUUGACAGUAUGUACGUGAUGUUGAACAUCCGCAUCGUGCUGGUCGGUCUGGAGAUCUGGAAGCACGAGAACAUCAUCAGCACGGAUGGUGGGGCUGGGGACGUGCUGGCCAAUUUCGUGCAGUGGCGAGAGAAGAACCUCGUUCUGCGGCGGAGGCACGACAGCGCCCAGUUUGUGCUGAAGAAGGGUUUUGGUGGCACAGCUGGAAUGGCCUAUGUGGGAACAGUGUGCUCCAAGAGCCAUGCAGGAGGCAUUAACGUGUUUGGAAGGAUCAGUAUCCAGAUGUUUGCCUCCAUCAUGGCUCACGAGCUCGGCCACAACCUGGGGAUGAACCAUGACGACGAACGAGUCUGUCACUGUGGGGCAAGCAGCUGCAUUAUGAGCUCUGGAGCAUCGGGAUCCAGGAACUUCAGCAGCUGCAGUGCAGAAGACUUUGAGAAGCUGACACUCAACAAAGGUGGGAGCUGCCUGCUCAACGUGCCAAAGCCUGAUGAGACCUACAGCGUCCCCUACUGCGGGAACAAGCUGGUGGAUGCUGGGGAGGAGUGUGACUGUGGCUCACCAAAGGAAUGUGAAAGCGAUCCGUGCUGCGAGCCAGGAACUUGCAGGCUCCGAUCCGGUGCUGAAUGUGCUUAUGGUGACUGCUGCAAAAACUGCCAGCUCCUUCCUGGAGGCACAGAGUGUCGUGCCAGUACCAACGAGUGUGACCUCCCGGAGUACUGCAAUGGCACCUCCCAGUUCUGCCAGCCUGACUUCACGGUGCAGAACGGGCACCCCUGCCACAACCAGGAGGCCUACUGCUACAACGGCGUGUGCCAGUACUAUGAUGCUCAGUGCCAGGACAUUUUUGGCUCCAAAGCCAAAGCAGCUCCCAACAUUUGCUUUGCUGAAGUGAAUUCCAAGGGGGACAGAUUUGGCAACUGUGGUUUCCAUGGCCAUGACUACAAGAAAUGUUCCAGCUGGAAUGCCAUGUGUGGGAAGCUGCAGUGUGAAAAUGUGAAAGCCAUGCCUGUGUUUGGAAUCAAGCCUGCUAUUAUCCAAACUCCCAUCAGAGGCACCACAUGCUGGGGGGUGGAUUUCCAGCUGGGUUCUGAUGUCCCAGACCCAGGAAUGGUGAAUGAAGGCACCAAGUGUGGAAAUGGAAAGAUCUGCAGGCAUUUCCAGUGUGUGAGUGCCUCUGUCCUGAACUACGACUGUGACGUGGAGAAGCAGUGCCACGGGCAUGGGGUGUGCAACAACAACAGGAACUGCCACUGUGAAGCAGGCUGGGCCCCCCCUUUCUGUGACUCCAAAGGCUACGGGGGCAGCGUGGACAGUGGCCCUCCAUACAAUGACAAAGACACCUCUCUGCGCGAUGGGCUGCUGGUGUUCUUCUUCCUGGUGCUCCCCCUGCUCGUGGCUGCUGCUCUGGCCUUUGCCAAGAGGGACAGGCUGAAGAGGAGCUGCAGGAGGCUGAUGUCCCGCUGCCACUCGUCACUUCAGUCACCUCCUCCUCGGCCAGACACUGAACCCAGGGACUACCAGCAGAGAGGCUUCUCCCGUGGCAUGCCUUAUCCUCCGAGAGCUGUGCCCAUGGACAUGCAUCCCAACACCUUUCCUGUUCCAGCUUACCCAGUUAACCAGCACCCUCAGCAGGCUUUCCACCAGCCCUACUACUCCCCACCGCAGUACCCGCUGCAGCAGGCACCCAGGGUGCCCAGCAGGCCCCCGCCCCCGCAGCAGAAGGUUGUACCUCAGGGACCGCCGCCAGCACAGCAGAAAUGUUUACCUCAGGGACAGUACUUCCCUUCCCGACCGGCACCUUUGCCUCCCAAAUAGCUUUUGGCUCCCCGGGGCCUUUGUGCGAGCUGACCUGUUGGCUGCGACGGCUGAAAUUGCAGUUCCCCUUCUGGCAUCCCGUGGCAGUGCCGGCAGCCUCCCUCUGCAGCCUGGGACAGGGCAAAGGAGAGAUCCCAACCAGGAAUGUAGAACUUUACACUCAAUAAAUACCUCGACCAAAGCUCCAGGGACUGAAACACCCAGCCUGUCCCUCGCUCUGUCCAAGCUUUGCCUCUGCAGCCAGGCUGGCAGCAGGAGUGCAGCAGCCUGCAGGGAAAUUGUCCUGAAAUCCAGCACGUGGGUUUGGGUUUCCCCAUUUCUGCCACGAGCCCUGGUAAGGAAAUUUGUCCGAUUUGUUGUUGUCUCUCUGACUGUGCAGUGAGGAAUUGGAGUAACCCGUUUGCAAA